AUGCUGCCACGUAUCAACGUUACGACCAACAUUGUUGCUGUCGCCGAUGUGUUGACGCGAUCGUUCAGUGACAGUCCGGUUACAGCAUAUGUCCUCCACAAUAAGGACUCGACUUGGCAUGCACCAAUCAUACCAUUGGAUAUUCUUCAGCCAAAGAUGGUCGAAUGGACAACCUAUAAGGCUAAGAUUGGUGGAGAAUUAGUAGAGGCUGGCGACUAUGCGGCGGCUGCCAUCUGGUUUCCACCUGGAGUAGAUCUUCCAGCUAGCUCCGAUGACGAUGAAAGGCUUGUAGAAUAUAGAAAGACAAGCGGCAAAUUAAAGAAGGAGUUUCUAAAAGGGAGACAGUACUGGUAUUUGAAUAUGAUCGGAAGGCAUCCUGAGAGAAGUGAUCCUGGAGUCAUACGCGCUCUUUUUGAGCCAUAUAUUGAGCGUGCCCAUGAGCAAAAGGUUCCUAUUUGGUUAGAAGCAGUUAGCGAUCAUAGCAGACAGGUUUACGAACAUUUCGGCUUCAAGACGGUUGCCACCUUUCGAAUAGGCUUGGGUAAAGUUACCCCACGAGGUGAAUUACAGGAAGGCGGUGAAGGAAUCCCUUUAUAUGCCAUGAUCUUGGAGUAA